GGAGGUAGGUUUAGAAUUAUGUCGAAGCCUCGAAGGGGGGAUGGAUGAUGAGUCUAAUGUCAUCUUCAUUAACUACGCGGGAUGUCCCCAGCAUCCCGGUGCUCAUCAAAUGUCUUACACCCUCUCCGACAGAACCCCCUUAUUCUAUUCCCGUCAAUGUCUUUUCGAUGCCGGUGUAAGGCGUGGUAACACACAGCUCUGCUAGACAGUCUAGACUACAAUGUGGUCGUCAUCAUGGGCUGUCCUUCUUGUCGCCGUCGGCUUUGCUAGUGGAAGACCGUCUAAACCCACCACCGCCGGCUCCUACGAUUUUGGGUAUGAACACGAUGCCUAUGGCGCGCAUCCCUUAACGGUGUUCAAGUCGGCAGCCGAGUUAGAGGUGCCUAAGCUCGACGUGCUGCAGUCGAGCAAGCUAUGCGAGUCUUCGCUAUACACCCUCCUAACUCCCCGAGGUGGCGCCACUCGAAAACCGCAGACUACUAUUCUGGACAGCGGCGGAGAUUUAAUCUGGACUUCCGAAUGGAAUGGACAGCAAUUGUAUAAUUUGAUGGUUCAGGAGUACAAGGGUGAGAAGUACUUGACCUUCUGGGCGGGCAACGAUGCCGUCGGCGGACAUGGCGCCGGCACUAUUAUCAUGUUGGAUAACACCUAUACUCUUUUUAAAGAAGUGAGAGCAGCGUAUGGGUUAGACGCUGACUUGCACGACUUUCGAAUCACAAAAGAUGGGACUGCCUUAAUCACGGUAUACGAAGUCGUCCAGCGGGAUCUCAACGAAGCUGGGAAGAACCGUAUCGGACCGGUAUGGGACUGCAUCAUCCAAGAGAUCGACUUGGAAUCAGGUCUUGCCGUAUUCCAGUGGCGGGCGUUGGAUCACUGGAGUUUAGCCGAUACUUACAGAGAGAUCGGCGGCGACGGAGAGGGUGAUCGCGCUUGGGAUUUCUUCCACAUGAACAGUAUCGACAAGGAUGCCAGAGGCAACUAUCUCACUUCGAGUCGUUAUAUGCAUGCCUUGACAUACAUCAACGGCACCACCGGCGAGGUAAUAUGGAUUCUUGGUGGGAAGAGGAACAUGUUCCGAGACUUGUCGAAUGGCACGGCGACCAACUUCGCCUACCAACACGAUGCGCGAUGGUCCGGAAACGACACCAUUACCAUCUUUGAUAACGGCGUCGAUGAUCUACAUCGCGAUAUUGCAGAUACCCGGGGUCUGAAACUGAAGAUCAACGAGCAUAAUAUGACUGUCGAGGUAGUGACGGAAUAUCUUAACCCACACAAGAUCCACGGUAUUUCGCAAGGAUCUUUCCAAUCGCUGUCGAACGGCAACGUUCUCUUAGGCUACGGCAACUCGGCGGCAUUCACAGAAUUCGCGAGCAACGGCGACGUCCUCUGCGACACGCACUUCGGGCCGGAGAGCCGAUUCGGAUCGGCGGAGGUUCAAUCGUAUCGAGUGUACAAGUACGAAUGGCACGGGUGGCCUCGGACGAUUCCGUCAUCGGCGCUGCGAAUAAACAGCGCAAGAAGCUGGAGCUUCUUCGUAAGUUGGAAUGGGGCAACGGAGGUAUCGAAGUGGAUUCUCCAGGGGUCGAACAGUUCCAAUGCUACGGAAUGGGCGGAGUUAAAUCGGACAAGGAGAAUGGGAUUCGAGACCGCGUUCGAAAUACGAAAAUCAUAUCCGUCGUACUUGCGAGCGGUAGCUGUGCAUGAGAAAGGACACAUGCUGGGUAUCAGCGAGCCGCUCGACGUACAGGCCAUAAAGGAAGAGGUGAGUCCAGACCUGAUCUCGCCCCUCGAUCAACAACGACCAGCCAUUGACCCGACGCAGCUUCAAUAUACCUACGGCUUUAAUUUUACGGACGACGAGGUCUGGGUCGCGCAGAUUGCGAUGGCAUGCGGUGGACUUUUGCUUAUAGGAGUGCUUUUACGGAUGGGAAUAGCGGCAUGGGAUACCCGGCGGAAAACAUAUCAGCGAGUUUCGACUGAAGCUACCUAACUAGUUUAUAUUAAGAACUAGACUACCUACAAUAUGAAUUUUACUAUGUUUUAUUUUUGUUCUCUAUGAAGCCAUCACCAUUCGGUUCUUAGUUAGUUACCUUC